CACUCACCAAUUCCCACCAGCAGUCAACUCAGCAGAACCUGCAGCUCCUGUGAUUCCCUGAUUUCUGCCUCCGUUCACCCUCAGAAGACCUGGAACUGUACAGGACCAAGGAUUUGUCUUGUUAAAGAUCUUUUUCCGCUGCAGCAUGGAGACCACCACUGGGGAAUAUGUUGAUAACUAUGAGUAUUACGACGACAAUGAGACUGACUGUGACUUCUCAGAGUGGGAGCCCUCUUACUCCCUCAUCCCCGUCCUCUACAUGCUCAUCUUCAUCCUGGGCCUGUCAGGUAACGGUGUGGUCAUCUUCACUGUCUGGAGAUCCAAAUCCAAACGUCGGGCUGCAGAUGUCUACAUAGGCAACCUGGCCCUUGCUGACCUCACCUUUGUUAUAACCCUACCUCUGUGGGCCGUGUACACAGCUCUGGGCUACCACUGGCCCUUCGGCGUGGCUCUGUGCAAGAUCAGCAGCUAUGUUGUUCUGGUCAACAUGUACGCCAGUGUUUUCUGCCUCACCUGCCUGAGCUUUGACCGCUACCUGGCCAUCGUGCACUCUCUGUCCAGCAGCAGGCUGCGCUCUCGGGGCACCAUGCUGGCGUCAUUGGGUGCUAUUUGGUUCCUGUCUGGCCUGCUGGCUGUGCCCACGCUGCUCUUCCGCACCACCGUGAACGACCUAAACAGCAACCGGACCACGUGCGCCAUGGACUUCAGCCUGGUGACAAGGAACCAGAGGCACGAGUCCCUGUGGAUUGCCGGGCUCAGCCUGUCCUCCUCUGCCCUGGGUUUUCUGCUACCUUUCUUGGCCAUGACCAUCUUCUACUGCUUCAUCGGCUGCACGGUCACACGUCACUUCAACAACCUGCGCAAGGAGGACCAGAAGAAGAAGCGGCUGCUGAAGAUCAUCACCACACUGGUGGUGGUGUUUGCCAUCUGCUGGACUCCCUUCCACGUGCUGAAGAGCAUGGACGCCCUCUCCUACUUGAACCUGGCUCCGAACUCCUGCGGCUUCCUGCGCUUCCUGCUCCUGGCUCACCCCUACGCUACCUGCCUGGCCUACGUCAACAGCUGCCUCAACCCGUUCUUGUACGCCUUCUUUGACCUGCGUUUUCGUUCCCAGUGUCUGUGCCUGCUCAACCUGAAGAAGGCUAUGCAUGGUCAGAUGAGCUCCAUGUCAUCCACGCUCAGCGCCCAGACUCAGAAGUCAGAGGUUCAGUCUCUGGCCACCAAGGUUUAGAGAUUAAAAGGAAAGGUGGAGCGGGGCUGCGGGCCGGUCCCAGCUCCAACCACUGGAACACUUGUAAAAAAAGACUUUACGUGUCCAUUGUUCAAAGCGUGGUAAGAUGAGAUGAUGAACUUUGUCACUGCUCACAGUCAUGAAAUCCAUAAUAUGUACCUCCUCUUCUACAGCGAGAGAGGCGGAUGCUCUGUAUGUUGUGUGGACUUGAAGCUGAAGCCAGCUGGCUGCGCCCCUCGGCUACUUUGUUCCUCAAAAUUCUCAGAGAAAAAAAGUAUAUUUUUAGUUUUGUCUGCAACAGUUCUCAUUUCUCAUUUCUGUGACGUUGGGAAUUGUAAAUCAAUUUACAUGGAAAUCUGUUUACACUGGAUGAAACAUAAAGCUGUACAGUAUUUUCAUACCAUAGCAUUUUUUUUUGUUCAGACCUAUUGCUGUUUUGUUUUAGAAGCACUUGUUUAAAAAAAAAUGUGUGGGCAGGGACAUCAAACAGAGCAGUGUCCUCUUUAAAGCUUGUUGUUUGUGAAGGUAGAAGUCUGGGCUGCAGGAGGGAGAAAGGAGGGGGGGACGUAAGAGGAGAAAAGGUGUUGCAGCUUAAUUAUAUAGUUUGUGGAGAGGAGACGGGGGCAGACAGGCAGAUGGCAGUUGACAAAUGUUGUUGGGGAACAGGAACGGGGCGGGGUGGGGUGGAGGGGUUUCGCAGUGUAGCCACGGCACUAAAGGGGACAAAGGAACUCUGUAAAUAAAUGUUCCAAUUUGAUGCAUAUGUUUUAUUUUUUGACAUCACUGUAACUAACUACUGUAUUAAAGAUGUGUUAUAUGAA